CACCACCACCACCAGGGCCCCCUGUUCUUAGUGUAGUGUCAAAGCCUAAGGAACCAAAAUGUCUGCUUUGGGGGAAACUUACCCUGGAUGGGGCCGGAUUCCAACUUGGAACUGACUGACACUGGAGAUUCAGUUACACGGUUUAGGGAGCGUCAAUCCAACACUGUGUCUGAGUGUGUUGAAAUGGGGGUCACAUGAGUAGUAUAGUUAGGGUCCUGUGAGUGAUUUACCAGGACCCCCAAACCUCUCUCUGGGGUGUCUGAGGCUGGACUACACGUAGAGAAGUGGUUGUUUAUUCAGGUGACCUGAGAUAACCCUACUGGAGACCUGGGCCUGAGGCUGCCGGCUUCUCGGGGGAAGAAGGGGUGCUCACACGCCUGUUUUUGUGGGUAUCUAAUGCAUCCUUAAUAGAAAGCUGACAGGACCUCUGGAUCCUGUGUCUGCUCAGAGAGCUGUUCCCAAGGCGGCCCCCCACCUUCGAAACAUUCAGGUGGACAGGACAAUUAGGGGUGACUUUCUUGGGGGGUCACAUGCCUAGAAUGCAUGAUGCCAAUAGAGACUGAGGAGUGAGGUGAGGUGGGGCGCUGCUGCAAGCAGGGGUUCCCGCGGGAAGCGGAGCGCAGCGGGGCGGCGGGCGGCGGGAGGGCGAGCGCUGGAGUGACAGGAGAGGAAGAAAAAUGGGCCGAGAAAUCAGAGUGGACGCGCUGGGGGCGCGAGUCCGGGAGCGGGUGGCGGCGCAGGCUGCGAGUGGGGCCGCGCCUCGGCCUCCAGGGAUGUCGCCCGCCCGCCCGUCGGGCCCCCGCCCUGGAGGCCGCUCCAGAGAUCCGACCCUCUCCCUGAAACUCCUCUCCAGCGCACCCCCGCCUGGCCCCAGCCCCCCGACCGCGGUGCAGGUUCCUUCUGCGCCUAAUGGCCCCCCCCCGCCGCCGACUGAUGAAGAUUUAUCGGCCCCGGAGCCCCCGCCCCCGGCCCGGCCUCGCUGCACCCGGCCCCCGCCGCCCGCCCGCGGACACCUGAUGAAGCCGUCACCGCGGCGGGAGGGGCAGCGCGCGACCUCGACCAUGGCUAGGCCGAGACCCUACGCUGAUCCAGAAUCCUGGAAACCAGAGAGUCCCCGAGGCCUGGGGACCUGCUGCCUAGGGAGUCCCAACAGAACCCCUGGGUCUGAGGGAGGAGGGCUGGGUCUGGACCCCUGAGUCUGA